AGUCGUCCCGACGUCUCACGGCCGCCGCUGCCACUGCUGCUCGUAGCCGGCCACCGGAGCCAACGUGCGCCAACGUGUGCGCGCGCGGGCGUGUGUCCGUUUUACGAGCCAUCGUGUGCGCGCGCGUUUGCGAAACGUGAUCCCAUGAACGUGUGUGCGUGUGUACCGGCGCGUCGUCCGAUCGUCCGUCCCCGCGCGUACACCGGUGACCACGUUUUCUGUCCACGGCGGCCGUCAGUGACAUCUACCACUUCACGUGCAAGGAGUCGUCGGCCGCGUCGCGCAUCGCACAGUCGUACGCGGCAUUCAACGCUUACGUCCCAUACGGGCACUAAAUUAUUGUCAGCUGUUCAUAUGGAUGGAUCGAUGAUUGAAGAAUAUCGCUACGUCAACUUGCGGUGUCAUCUAUCAUAUAUCGGAGUCCACAUGUUUUCGGCAGCAGUCACUAAUUCGUCGUCAAUAGUUUGAGUCAACCUGAGAGUACUGGAAUGAUGUAGUUGUUAUCUGAUCGGGUGAUGCUGAGUGAUGAACGGCGACCAAGAGUUGGUGACCGUCUUGGCAGUCUGCGGCGUAGCGGCCUUAGCCGCGUUCAUAAACGGAUACGUCUUAUUAGUCAUCCUUCUCUCCAAACAGACGAGUUCGCCAAUCAACGUGUUGCUCACGCACUUGAGCGCCGUGGACCUGAUCGUGUGCAUCGCGGUCCUGUUGUCUAUUUUACCGGAAACGUUCAACCAGUACGAGAAAGUCGCCCCGUGGUUAUGCCCGGUUCACGGAUUCCUGUUCAACUUCCUGCACCCGAUGGCCAUCUGGACGGUGUGCGGCCUGAACUGCGACAGAUAUUACGCGAUCGCGGCACCAUUGCAUUAUGGCACUUUAGUGAACAGCCGCAAAAUCAUGAUGGGCCUUUGCGGCACGUGGAUUGUGUGCCUGUUGAUCUCAAUGCCACCAGUUUUCCGGUUAGUUCCUUACAGUUAUCAACCCGGCUUGCCGGUCUGCACGACGGAUUUCAGCAAAGGUCGAGCCACAAUAUUUUACAGCAUUUUCUACACGACCGUUACACUAGUACUUCCUGGUGUCAUCAUACUCGGAUGCAAUAUAAAGGUAUUCACGAUCGCCCGGUACCACAGGCACCGGAUAGCGUCGGCGAUCUUCGAGGUGACGCUGUCGGCGCAGGUGACGAUCACGCACCAGCGGAACCCGUUCUUCCUGCCGACCGCGAUGGCCAACAAGCUGCGCCGGAACAACGCGUUCUCGGCCGUGUUCCAGAUCAUCGGGUCGCUGGCCGUGUUCUACGCGCCGUACUACGCGGUGUCCCUGUACGAGUCGCUGUGCGCGGCGGUGGGCGCGGCGCCGCGCACCGACCCGGCCGUCAAGUCGCUGGCGUUCGCGCUGAUCACCGGCUCGGCGCUGUGCAACGGGCUGCUGUACGGCAUCAAGAACAAGUUGCUGAAGAAGACGUACCAGAACUACCGGCGCAAGAUGAUGACCAAGUGCGAGGUGAACCAGGAGAUCCAGGCGCGCACGCCAUCCGCGUGCGGAUCGCGCAGACCGUCGCUGACCCCGGUGGCGGCCGGCCAGAGUUGCGGCACCGCGGCCGCCGGCUGCGGCGGGAGUGGUGGCAGGACCGCGGCCGCGUCGUGCCGCCGGCAGUCCAACCACCAGCUGCUCCGGCGCCAGGCCGCCGGAUCGGCCAACGCGCUCAACUUCGGCCACUAUUGCGCGGACGCCGCGGCCGCCGGCCUGGAUAACGGCUCCAUCAGGCGGUGCUACUCGUCGUCCGCGGGCGUGGACUGCCGGUUCGCGACCUCCGCGUCCUGCAAUCAGAGCGCGUUCGUGCGCAGGAUACUGCGCGACUCACCCCGGUCGCCACGGAUUCUGAUCACGCGCGCCAUGUCCGAAGAGAACGAGUCGUCGUCGUACGCAUCCGAACCGGAAACGCCGGUGCACAAGAACCUGAUGGUGCACAAGCUGUCCUCGUCCACCGUCACGCUGUUCAUCGACGAUAACCGGAAGAACGGUGGUGGUGAUGGCGGCAGUGCGACCGUCACAUCCGGCUUGCUCCAGGACUACGAGGACGAAACGUCACCCGCCUACAGCAGCCUGUCCUCCAGCAACGAUGACAGCAGCUGCGCCACACACGAGCUCACCCGGCUCACGCGGCUGUCCGCGUGAUCCUACGAUCCCUCCGAUCCCGUUCCAACGAAACCACUCUCUGUCCGUUACCCCAUCCUGCGUACGAUAUUUCAUCGGUACGUUAUAUGCGGUCGGUCGACGCCGAACCGUUCGAGGGAUCAAAGGUAAUCAUUUGGUUCGUUUCUGUUUUUUUUUACUUUUAUUUAUUUAUUUAUUUAUUUUUUAAUCGUUACCGCGCAUUAUUUAUUUUUUCUCGCGCUCGUUUCGCAUUUCCGUUUUGCGUCAAGCUCACCAACGAAUUUCAAUAUGAAUCCGUUUUAAUUUUGUAUACUCGAUUCGUUUUUUUUUUUUUUACUUAAUAGUUUUUAAUGCGAUCAAACGUUCGAAUAUCGUCUUUUACAUUUUCUGAUCUGCAUACCAUAGGAUAUCGCAAAAUGUGUAACUAUUAUUCAUGGACAGUUCAUGUGAGAUAAUUAUCUACAACAUUACGUAUUCUAUAAGCAUACUUUUCAUAAUUGUUAUAAAACAAAAAUUACGAGUGUGUAAAUAUAUUAUUAUCUAGUCGAAUGGCUAUAAUAGUGUGGCAAUUCGCUUGUACAAACAGUGUAGAUAUUGGAAAGGGUAUUUGCGAUUGAAUAAUAAUCGGGUAUGGUAAUAGAACAGAAACAUAACUAAAAUACACCAGUUAGGAUAGACGUUUAUUGUACUUCGGUAUUCCUUAAUAACGACAACAAUUAUUUUCUAGAUUAGUUCAGGAAUAAUAAUUUUAAUGUUAUUGACGUUUGUUGCACCUGGAUGAGUGAAAUUAAAGUAGUUAUAGAGUUCAAAGAUGAAUGCAAUUGAUCUUUUUUCAACAUAGUUUCACAGUUCGUAAAAUAAGUUAAAUUAGAAACUUUAUUUAAUGUUAAACAAGAAUUAUAAUUAUUUUAGACCCAUUUUAUGUACACUUACACCUUAUUUUAAUUUCCGAUUUAAAUUUGUAUUGAUGAAUAUUUUUUCAAACCCAAAGUUAUUUAAUAAUCACCAUAAAAAAAAAAAAAAAAAAAAAUGCUUGAAACUUUAAAACUACUUCAGAUGAUCAUUAGUAUACAUUUAUAAGUAGAAUUUAGUUAAGAUUAUUGUAUUAGGCACAGUUCUAUAGCAUACAAUAAAUUAACAUGCAACGUAAUGUUAAUUCUUCUAUAAACGGUUGCUGUAAAAAAUAUAGUUUACAUGUUUUAAUUAAUAUUCUUACGUGUAACUAUAAAAUUUUAGAUACUUACAAUUAAGAUUGAACA